CAGCAGGUCAUAAUUUUAAAAAUCGACUCCAAUGUAAGGUAUUCCGUUAAGGAAACUGCUAUAAAAGAAGAAAAUUCACCCACGAUCCUGUUAAAUUAAUCCAAAAACUCGAUAAGAUGUUAAAAAUAUACUUACUGGCUGCUGCAGUAGCUGCAAUAGCUUUUUUACAAUUUGUUAGUGCAAUGCCGCAAGAUAUUUUUUGUCCACCUUUUCUUGAUCCUACGAACUGCUACAAAAAAUGAGUUUUAUCAAAAUGUAUGAGUACCGAACAGAGAAGAGAAUGCGAUGACAAUGGAUAACUGAUGUUCAAUUGUAUUAUAUUUGUUCAAUUAAGGGCGUGAUAAACUUUAAGCAAUUUGGCAUAGUACUUUAUUUUUCAAGAAUGACCAUUUGACCAAAAAACCGCACGUUAUGCCCAAGAUCUUGGAUCUUAUCUUUGGCCU